AUGGGUGCUAGUUGUAAAGAUCAAAAGAAGGCUCUUGCUAUAUGCCUACAAAGAUCACCAUGCGUUCUUAUAGAAAGAAAUACUCCGGCCGACUGUCUUAACAAACCAGAGUUGAAGAAGGAUUUACCAGAAUUGUGUCUCGCCAAUUUCAAAGCGUUCAUGGACUGCAAAAGUGGUAUUUUCGACAUGAGGAAAAGAAUGAAGGGUAAUGCCCCAUUAUCCACUGGUAAAUAUGAUGAUACUUAUGAAAAAUUAUCCACUGGUGAUUUUGAUCCGCAAGAAGAGAUGAGAAAGUUGGAUGUAUUGAAUAGAAACUUGCAUAAGCAAAAGCAGCUUAGAGAAGAAGCCGAAAAGGCUAGGUUGGCCGGGUUAGAUAACUAGCCAUUUUGAUAUUCACUUCUUUUUGUUCUAAUUCUUCUGGUGUCUUGUAAAUACUGUAAAUAGUCCCACCGGAAUCUUUCCAUAACACUCUGUUUUCCAAACUCUCUGCAAUGAUCUGAAUGAAAGUCCAU